CUGGGACUUCCGGGAGGACUUGGGCGAGGGGGCAGCCAUUUUCGGGGGCGCUGAUGGAUACCUGCGGGGUCGGCUAUGUUGCUCUGGGGGAGGCCGACCCCGUGGGGAACGUGAGUAUGGUAGACUCUCCUGGACCUUCUGGACCCGAGGUAUCAAGCCAACUUGAUAUCAAGGCCUCUUCAGAAACAGCGGGGGCCGAGGCACCCUUAGAGAUGUCCUUCCCUCCCCCUGUGCCUGGAUUUGAGGACUCUCUGGAGGAGAGGCCGCCUGCUCCAGACCUGGAUGGCCUCUCCAGGUUGGAAGAGCAAGAUCUUUCUCCAGGGAUGCCCAUGGUCGCCAAGCCUAGGGGUGCAAAGCCUGGCCGGAAGAGAGGUGGUAGGACACGGAGAGGCCCCAAAAGGUCCGAGCAGCCUAACCCUCCACCAGCCACUCUGGUUCCUGGUCUCUUAGAUCAGUCCAACCCUCUACCCGUCCCCAUGCCUAAGAAACGAGCUCGAAAGGCCAAGGGAGAUAUGCUCCUGCUGAAGUUGUCGAAAGACCUCGAUCAGCCAGAGUCUCCACUUCCAAAGAGGCCCCCUGAGGACUUUGAGUCCCCUUCUGGGGAACGACCCCGCCGAAGGGCUGCCCAAGUGGCACUUCUCUAUCUUCAGGAACUGGCGGAGGAGCUUUCCACCACCCUGCCCGCACCCGUGCCCGCCUGUCCUGAGAACCCCACCAAGGUGAGCAGCCCCACCAAACGGAGGAGAGGUCGGCCGCCUGCAGCCUGUCGGGGCGGAGAAGCGAAGGUCAGCACCACCCACGAUGAGGACUUUGUCCUACAAGUGGAGGCUGAAGAGGAAGAGGAGAGUGAGGCGCCAAGUGAAAACUCAUCCGACCCCGAGCCAGCAGUGUCUCGGAACACUCCCCGAGGGUCCUCAUCAGCGGGGUUAUUCCUGGAAGAGCUCAGGCGACCAUAUGGAAUUCCAGAGAUUGAAGCUAGAUCAGCUGCAUGCAAGAAACAGAAGCCCCACUGCCGCGGAAUGGCCCCCAAUGGCCUAGCCAAUCACAUCAUGGCUCCUGUUUGGAAGUGUCUCCAUCUCACCAAAGACCUCCGAGACCAGAAGCAUUCAUACUGGGAGUUCGCUGAGUGGAUCCCUUUAGCCUGGAAGUGGCACUUACUCUCUGAACUGGAGGCGGCCCCUUACCUGCCGCAGGAGGAGAAAUCGCCCCUGUUCUCUGUUCACCGUGAGGGGCUCCCUGAAGAUGGCACCCUGUACCGGAUCAACAGGUUCAGCUCCAUCACAGCGCACCCUGAGCGUUGGGAUUUGUCUUUCUUCACUGGUGGCCCGCUGUGGGCGCUGGACUGGUGCCCGGUGCCGGAGGGGGCCGCCGCCUCGCAGUACGUGGCCCUUUACUCCAGUCCAGACAUGAAUGAGACGCACCCUCUGAGCCAGCUCCACUCCGGCCCUGGGCUGCUCCAGUUCUGGGGUCUGGGGACCUUGCAGCAGGAGAGCUGCGCUGGCAACAGGGCCCACUUCGUCUAUGGGAUUGCCUGUGACAAUGGUUGCAUCUGGGACCUCAAGUUCUGCCCCAGUGGAGCCUGGGAGCUUCCCAGCACCCCUCGGAAGGCUCCGCUCCUGCCCCGCUUGGGCCUUCUGGCUCUGGCCUGCUCAGAUGGAAAGGUGCUGCUCUUCAGCCUGCCGCAUCCCGAGGCCCUGCUGGCUCUGCAGCCUGCAGAUGCGAUGAAGCCCGCCAUCUAUAAGGUGCAGUGUGUGGCAACCCUGCAGGUGGGGUCCAUGCAAGCCACAGACCCUUCUGAGUGUGGGCAGUGCCUUAGCCUGGCCUGGAUGCCCACCCGGCCCCACCACCACCUAGCGGCUGGAUACUACAAUGGCAUGGUAGUUUUCUGGAACCUUCCCACUAACUCUCCCCUGCAACGGAUACGGCUACCUGAUGGGUCUUUGAAGCUCUACCCCUUCCAGUGCAUCCUCGCUCAUGACCAGGCCGUGCGCACCCUUCAGUGGUGCAAAGCAAACAGCCAUUUCCUGGUCUCUGCGGGGAGUGACCGGAAAAUCAAAUUCUGGGACCUUCGGCGACCUUAUGAACCUAUAAACUCUAUCAAGCGAUUCUUGAGUACAGAGCUGGCCUGGCUGCUCCCCUACAAUGGUGUCACCGUGGCCCAGGACAACUGCUAUGCCUCUUAUGGACUCUGUGGAAUCCACUACAUUGACGCUGGGUAUUUGGGUUUCAAGGCCUAUUUCACUGCCCCUCGGAAAGGCACCGUCUGGAGUCUUUCAGGAUCUGACUGGCUCGGGACAAUUGCCGCAGGAGAUAUAUCUGGGGAGCUCAUUGCAGCCAUAUUGCCGGACAUGGCGCUGAACCCAAUAAAUGUCAAGCGGCCCGCAGAACGGAGAUUUCCCAUUUACAAAGCGGAUCUAAUGCCUUAUCAGGACAGACAUGACGGCGAGGACCACUCUGAUUCCUCGGAGGCCACCAAUCCUCCUCCCAAAGCUCGAACUUACGCUGAAACUGUGAACCAUCACUAUUUGCUCUUUCAGGAUACAGACCUGGGCUCAUUCCAUGACCUGCUCCAUCGAGAGCCCAUGCUGCGCAUGCAGGAGGGAGAGGGCCAGUCUCAUCUCUGCCUGGACCGGCUGCAGCUGGAGGCUGUUCACAAGGUACGCUUCAGCCCAAACCUGGACUCCUACGGCUGGCUGGUGUCUGGGGGGCAGUCAGGACUGGUGCGAGUUCAUUUUAUCCGUGGACUCACCUCCCCGCUGGGUCACCGUAUGCAGCUUGAGAGCCAGGCUCAUUUCAGUGCUAUGUUCCAGCCGUCGUCCCCAACUAAAGGGCCAGACUUGCCUCCAGCCAGCCACCAUCUUCUGCCUGGUCCUUAGUCUGCUCCACACAGGCCUCUCGGAACGAAGUCAGCCGAGGCACAAAGGGCCCCAUGCACAGAGCCAUAAGCACUGGGGCUUUGCUGGACGGUGUUGCUGCCAGCCUGGACCUUAGGCCUGCCCCCCGAGGACUCCUAUGUCCCUCUCCUUCCACAGACUUGAUCACCACAGCCUCCUGCAGGCAGAGGGGCUCUCCCCCACCAGCCCCCCAGGCUCCUCAGCCUCAAUUCUGGCUCACGAGAAAUCCUCAGGCCUGACCUCGGCUUGGGAGUCAAAUUGCUCAUAUUGAGCACAUGUUGUGUGACAUAGGUGAAGCGAAGUAAAGGUACUGGGUGUUUUUGAGACCGCACGUGAAUGGGUGUUUGGAGAACUGGAGAAGUCAGAGCUGCGUGAAGGCUCCUCUCUGGCCCCAGGAUCCACGCUUACUGCCUCCCCAGACCUCUUUUUUUAUAGAGUUAGCAACACAUGGGCGCACAGGGAGGGGUCAGUGGUUGUUGGACAGCAGCAGCUUCUUUAGCCGGGGGCACGGCAAACACCCUGCCAGUCGGUCGUCGGCUCAGACCGUACUCGCUCCUGCUUACAAACUAUUGUGGUCACUGGCCAUCCGACCCUACUUGAAUAGUUCUAGACAGUCAUGUUUUCAGCCUUCCUUUGUAUCAAGUCAAAGAGCAUACGUCUAUAAAUUUGACCCUAGGUAUUAACAAGCCUAGGCAUUCUUGUGGUUGCCCCUUUUAAGUAUGGAACAGUAGCGAUCAUGUGUUUCCCCAGUUUUCUCUAGAUUAAACAUCUUCAGUUCCUUAACC